CACCUACAGUUACUUGAGAAGAUGGCCGUGAGUUCUGAAGACGGACAUUGCAAAUAUAGACUAUUUGCUUUCAUUAUGCUUUUUAACAUAUCGUUAAGCACCGCGGUCAGUCUCGAUUUAACGGAGCUGCGAAAUAAAGUUUCCAAAAUAAAAGUGCAUCCACGAGGGAAUCUCUGGGCGACAGGUCAUUUCAUGGGCAAGAAGAGCAUUUCAAACAGUCAGUUCCAGGACUCCUCAAAGCCUCCCAGGAAUACUUUGGGCGAAUCAGGCAGUUCAGAGGAUUUGAGGGAGCUGAUCACUCAGGAGGUGCUCAAAGUUGCUCUUCAGGCUCAGCUUGAAGAUCCAAAGAGGACACAAGAUGUUUAUAAUCAGGAUACGGACUUCAUGGUAAAGCUUUUGAAAAACUACAUUGAAGAAAGGAACCUAUAGUGACAUUGCUGUUGAUAUAAUUGUAAUAAAAUGUUAU